ACGCAGGAAAGUAUAGAGGAGAGGAGAGGAGAGGAGAGGAGAGGAGAGGAGUACCUAAUACCGAGUGACAAACAAAACAACCUUCCCUUCCCUCCUCCUCCUCCUCCUCCUCCUCCUCCCACGCCGCUUUCCCUUUUCUGCUCCUCACGUCGCACAAUCAAUUUUACCUGUCAACACCUUGUCAAUACCUGCCAAUGCGUCUCGUUUCCCCCUUUUCGUCCUCUCCGUGGACUUUCAUGUUCAGCCUGGAUCGCAUUCUCCCCCUUCACCCCAUCCAUAAUCAUGGCAACAGCGUCUGGGGGCGAAGGUCUCUCCAGUUCGCGAAAAUGGGAGGAUCUGAUCACAGCAACAGGAUGCCACCCGCUGGAAGUCCUCACGGAAGACAAAGAUGGCGAAAUGGGCACCAGACACGAUCAUACUGAUAUGACUCGCAUGGGCAAGGCGCAGGAAUUCAAGAGGAACCUCCGACCGUUGGCCGCUCUCAGUUUCGCGUCAGUUCUUCAAGCCACCUGGGAGUUUAUCCUGAUAUCGAACACCCAAGGCCUCGAGAAUGGAGGAAUGGCCGGCUUGGUCUGGACCUACGUCUGGACCUUUGUCGGAUUUGGCUUCAUCAUCGUCUCACUAGCGGAAAUGGCAUCCAUGGCGCCUACAUCCGGAGGUCAGUACCACUGGGUUUCUGAGUUUGCCUCUCCACGCUACCAGAAGUUUCUCAGCUAUAUUACCGGGUGGAUGUCCGUUCUUGCGUGGCAAGCCGGAGCAGCAUCCGGAUCUUUCUUAACUGGCACGAUCAUUCAGGGCCUCAUCAGCGUGCAUAACCCGAGAUACGAACCGACAAGAUGGCAAGGCACACUUUUCGUCUUUGCUAUGAUCUUAGUAAUCUACUUCUUCAAUGUCUACGCAGCGAGUUGGAUGCCGCGAAUUCAAAAUGUAUUGCUUGCUCUCCACACUCUAUGCUGGGUAAUUGUGAUCGUGGUGCUGUGGGCCAUGGCCCCUCGCCAAUCCGCAAAGGCGGUGUUCACGGAGAUCAAGACUUAUAGUGGUUGGCAUAGCGCCGGGCUGGCCCUCAUGAUUGGACAGAUAUCAGCCAUCUAUGGGUCGCUGAGCUCUGAUGCCACUGCACACAUGUCCGAGGAAGUCCGCGAUGCCGGUCGCUAUGUGCCCCUAGCCAUUUGUGGUGGGUAUUUCAGCAACGGGAUUCUGGCGCUCAUCACUGUCAUCACCCUGAUGUUUGCCAUGCCCUCCGUCGAAGACGCGUUAAAUGAUCCUACCGGCUUUCCGUUUAUCUAUGUGUUCAAACAGGCUGUCUCAACAGCCGGAGUCAACGGGUUGACCGCCAUUAUUCUCAUACCCGUUAUUUUCAGCAACAUCCUCUUCAAUGCAUCCACAGCUCGCCAAACGUAUGCUUUCGCUCGAGACAAGGGCUUGCCCUUUGCAAAUUGGAUCUCCCACGUGAACCAGAGCUACAAGCUCCCGGUCAAUGCUAUCGCACUGUCCUGCAUUAUCAGCGGCCUCCUCUCGCUCAUCAACAUCGGCUCUGACACCGCAUUCAAUGCAAUUAUAUCACUCAAUGUCGCCGCCCUUAUGUGGACCUACGCAAUCUCAAUCAGCUGCGUGAUGUAUCGCAAGAUCUAUCUUCCCGAUACCCUUCCGCACAGGCGCUGGAGCCUAGGCCGACAUGGUCUCUGGGUGAACGCCACCGGUCUGGUGUACGUUUUCUUUGCUCUCUUCUGGUCAUUUUGGCCUCCGGAGAUCCCCGUCACCUUGAAGAAUUUCAACUGGAGUAUUCUCUUGUUUGUGGGGGUGUUUAUGAUCAGCGUGGGCAUGUACAUGUUUCAGGGAAGGUGGGUAUACAAAGGGCCUGUCGUGGAUGUCAAGCGACUAUAGCGUGGCAUGUCGAUAUAGUAUCCUCUUAGUGGUUCAACUCUGGUUCAGAUUGAGGAUGCCAUGGCCCUCUAUAAUAUAUUCAGACACAUUUCUUGUCGACAACCAAUUCCAGAUCUUGACUUGACUGUGCGGGGUGGUGGUUCACGUGCCGAUCUCUGCCCCUCUCUG